AUGGCCGUCGCGACAUUCCUUCGGCGAGGCUUCUGCCUCGUGCUACCACUCGCAUUGGCCUGCAGCAUCUGGCUGUACCUGUAUCCCGUUUUCAAGGGCUGCGCGUUCCCGAUUGCCUCGCGCGACGCCAUAGAGGCCUUUCAAGAGACGAAAAAGCUACACUGGCCGUACGCGGAGCCAGACAAUGAACUGCCCACAGCAUUGGCCCCCUUCCGACUCCUCGCCCUGGGCGAUCCGCAGCUCGAGGGCGACACCUCCAUACCGAUCAAGACAUUCGGCUUCUUGCCGCACCUGAAGAAGAUAGCCAAGAACGUGGCCUUUCGAUCCAAACAUUCAUCCCUCCGCGAGCGCAUACGCAUGACCCUGCACGAUACGGUCGACUUUUACUUUGAGGACAUACCCAACGUCCUCGAGUCGAUCCGCAAGGUUAUCGAUCACUUCUGCAACGACUUCUACUUGGCGCACAUAUAUCGCACGGUGCACUGGUGGACGCGGCCGACUCAUGUGACCGUUCUCGGAGACCUUGUCGGCAGUCAAUGGAUUGACAAUGCCGAGUUCGAAAGGCGAGGCAGACGGUUCUGGAAUCGUACCUUCAGUGGCGCUGAGAGGGUCCCCGACGAGGUGGCGCUCUUUCCACAGAGAGAAUACGACGUGUCGGGCGUUUUGUCCAACUCGGUAGAGUCUGGCGUCUGGACGAGACGCAUCUUGAAUGUUGUCGGGAACCACGACGUGGGGUAUGCAGGCGACCUGACAGAGGAGAGGAUGGAGCGUUUCGAGCGUGUGUUUGGCAAGGCCAACUACGAGCUUCGCUUCGAGCUGCCCGUCACAGACCCCGAGCUGAACAAGACCAUUGUCGACGAUGAAACGAACCCAGAAUCUCUCCGACUGCGGCCCGAGAUCCGCAUCGUGCUGCUCAACGACAUGAACCUGGACACGCCUGCCAAGAGCUCCGUCUUGCAAGACGCGACCUACAGCUACGUCAAUGCCAUUAUUGGAAACUCCCAUGCUGUCGAGUUUCAGGGUGGCUUCACCAUCAUACUGACGCACAUCCCCACGUACAAGCCCAAGGGCAUCUGCGUGGACGCGCCCUACUUCGACUUUUAUCCCUCGUCUGAAGGCGGGGGCGUCAGGGAGCAGUACCUGCUGAGUCCCGAUGCCAGCAAGGGCUUCUUCGAAGGGAUCCUGGGCGUGAGCGGCAAUACGAACGCUGACGGCAAGGGCCUUGGCCGUCCCGGCGUCAUACUGAAUGGCCACGAUCAUGCCGGUUGCGACACAUACCACUUUAUCAACCAGACCAACGGUACGACGCAAGCAGACCGCUCUUGGGAGCACAUUACCUGGGAGGACGCCCAGGCACAGGAGAUACCAGCCAUGCCCGGCCAUCCAGGUCGUCGAGAAAUCACCGUGCGUAGUAUGAUGGGUGGCUUUGGCGGCAAUGCUGGCCUGCUGAGCCUGUGGUUCGACUGGGAGGCCUGGGAGUGGCGCUUUGAGUAUGCGGACUGUGCGCUGGGCACGCAGCACUUUUGGUGGUUCACGCACAUUGUCGAUGUGAUUGUGAUAGCGUUGGCCGUGGCGUUUCUCGGCGUCAGGGGGCUCGAGGCAAACGGCGUUAAUGUGGACAAGCGAGCUUGCGCGCUUGUGGCAUUCCUGCGCAAACGAAACAAUGAGUUAUGGACACGAGGCACGAAGACGACGGCCCAAGCGAGUGGGACGCCAAAGGCCGCAUAG